AGCUCUAAUCCAGCCCAACUUCGCAACAACAACAAAUUAUUAAAUGUGGAAAAAAACAGAAUGUCUGGCUAUGGCACGGGCAAAAAUGGCAGUAAAUUAGAAUGCAAGAGUCUCCUGAGCGAGGACGCAGCCGCGCAACUCAUUUAUAAUCAUCGGCAAGCCCAGGCAGCGUCUAGCAGCAAACAGCCUGCUCAGAGUCGUCUCAAGCGCUUGCAGACAAACUUGAAGCGUCAGCAGGACAAGAAACCGAACAAGGACAAGCCGGAGAGUAGGAGAAGCAGUCACAAUGGGGCCUCCUCGUCAAUAAGCGGGGCUUCCACUUCAGGCGCCUCACACAGUCGCAGGAGCCUGAACUUCGCAUCAUCGCUGACACCCGAGUCAUCACGCUCCUCAGGUAGCAAGUAUUUGCCCGAGACGCCGCGCACCUCGCACAGUCGCAGAUCAAAUGGCUUGGCAGCGUCGCUAUCGCCGUUGACACCAGACACGCCGCGCAGCACCUCGCACAGUCGCAGAUCAAAUGGCUUUACACCAUCGCCAUUGCCUUCGUCCUCGUUGUCUCUAUUGACGCCUGCAAAGUCUAUACGUGAGCGUCUCAGGGAUCAGGCGAGGACUUGGGAGAAGCCCAAGGCGCUGCUGGACUCCAGCAAUCGUCUGCAAACGGGCAGCUCGACAAGUGCCAAUCAGCGUCUAGCGCAACUACGAGCUUCCUUGGGGCAACAGGCAAAGCAGGAGAGCAAGGAGCUGAACAACAACGACUGUCCCACAAUACUGCCAGGAAUUCCAAAUGCAUUUAUAGACAAAAAGGUGCCAAAGGUAGCAGAGCCACAGCCACAGCCAGACCCAGAGUCAGAGCCCGAGCCGAUGGAUUGGGAAGACUGUGAUUUGGUUAUACUAAACCGCAAAUCGGUGGACGGGGAGCUGAAUGAACUGCCCGCACGUCGCUUGGAGCACAUGUACUUUGUCCUCGACACGAAUGUGCUCAUGCACAACUCCUUAUUUGUGGAGGAUCUCACGAGAGUUGUGCUGCCUGGCACCGUGGGCAGCAUGCUGUUUAUACCCUACAUCGUGAUCAAGGAGCUGGACAGGCUCAAGGUGCGGCAGAAUGCUGACAAUAUGCGGCGCGAGCUGGCGAUGCGUGCCAUUCGCUUUUUGAACACCAAAUUCGAUGAGAGUUUGGAAAUUCAAGCUCAAUCAGCCUUGGAGGAGUCGGAACACCUAAUCGAAGUGGAUUGUGGCGAUGAUAGCAUCGUCAACUGCUGCCUGCAGCUGCAAAAGGAAGUGCCGCACAUGAUGCUGCUCACAAAUGAUGCCAAUUUACGCUUAAAGGCCAAAUCCUCCGCCAUACCAGUCUCCACGCAGUCGGAGCUGAAGACCACCUAUCCCGAUGAGUUUGAGGCACUCGAAUGAGUGGCACUCGAGCCAGGAGGAGCAACACCAAAGACUGCGUUUGUGAUAGGAUUAAAAUGAGUAACAGCCACUGCACCGCGGCCAACAUGAAGUACAACCACAUCACAAUAUCAAUAAUAUUAUAUUUAGAUGUAAAUAAUUAUAUCCCAUACCAGUUAUAAGCCACAAGUGAUAUUCACUGUAUGGAGAAGUUUACGUGUUGGAGACUAUUUUUUAUACUGAAAUAAAGUGAAGUAAUUGAAUUCUA